AUGCUGGGCCUCCUGGGGAGCACGGCCCUUGUGGGAUGGAUCACAGGCACUGCUGUGGCAGUCCUGCUGCUACUGCUGCUGCUGGCCACCUGCCUUUUCCACGGACGGCAGGACUGUGACGUGGAGAGGAACCGUACAGCUGCAGGGGGAAACCGAGUCCGCCGGGCCCAGCCUUGGCCCUUCCGGCGGCGGGGCCACCUGGGAAUCUUUCACCAUCACCGUCAUCCUGGCCACGUAUCUCACGUGCCGAACGUGGGCCUCCACCACCACCACCACCCCCGCCACACCCCUCACCACCUCCACCACCACCACCACCACCACCACCCCCACCGCCACCAUCCCCGCCACGCUCGCUGAGGCUGCUGUCGCCGGUGCCUGUGGACGGCAGCUGCCCCUGCCCUCCCAUCCAUUCCCAGGACAAGUGGACCCCACGUUUCCAUGUGGAAGGAUGCGUUUCUGGGGUGAACGAGGGGAACAAUAGCCUGGGGCUUGCUCCAGCUGCAUUUGCAUGCCAUGCCCCAGUGUACUAUGGCAGCAGAGAACAGAGGAACACUGGGGCCUGCGGUGCUGAAGGGUUUGGGGAGUGGAGAGCAAGGGUGCUCUUUUGGGGCUGGACAGCCCAUCUUGUGACAGUGACUCCCAGUGAUCCCCAGAAAUGACAAGCGUGUCUUGGCAGAGCCAGCACACAAGUGGAUGUGAAGUGCCCAUCUUGACCUCCUCAUCAGGCCGCUGCAGGCCUCUGGCGGGCGGGGCACUGGGAGAGGCCCUGAGAAUGUCCUUUUGGUUUGGAGAAGGCAGUAUGAGGCUGCAGUCAAUUCAUCGGUGCCUUAGUCCAAGAAAAUAAAAACCACUAAGAAGCUUUUGUGAAGAGGCUGUUGAUUGCAGCAUAGUGGGAUGGAGGGAGCUGCCUGGCCUGCGUCCUCACUGCCUUGGGACCUCCCUCUCUGAUGGGAAGCAUGUGCCUGGAGCAGGCGGCUUCUGUCCGGUUCUUAGGGGCUGCUUGUGGAGUGGGAAGAAUUGGGUGGGCUCUGUCUGAGCUCUGAGGGAGGAUUCAGGGUUUGCACAAAACCCUGCCCGCAGCAGGUCCUGUGUGCACCAGCAGGGCUCUGGCCUUCCGUGAGACAGUCCAGGGCCUUGGGGAGAGGAAGGUUGGAGCUGCUGUGAGCCUGGCUCCCCAGGGCUCUGCCCCUGUGCUUUUUUCAGCCCAUGUCCAGGGCAGACUGAGCUCUGAGCUCUGAAACUCGAGGAAGCCCCAUCCACAGGCUGCCUUGAAUCCAGUUUCCUUGGUAAUUGGAUCAGGGUUUCUUCUCCAAGCCUUGCGUCUUCAGCCAUCCUGCCCCAGCUAGUGCCUGUGCGUGGUGGGAGGGCUGGAGUUCUCCCUCCACGAGUGGAGUUCUUUAAAGUGGAGGCUGUCGUGCUGGGGUGCAGGGUGUUGGAUGGCCUUGGGAGAAUGCUGGGGUCUCACUUUCCUCUUCUCUGCAAUGGGGUGGAUAACAGAGAUGCCCACUUGCCGAAGCCUGGAGGCUCGUUGGAAUAUGCUCUGUGAACAGCUGGUGGGAUCCACAGCGAAGAAGGAAGCCUGGCUCUGAGGCCUUCAGCCUGUGCCUGUGAGCUGAGGGAGCAGGGUGGAAAUGGCCUGGGGUGCGCAUGGCGCGACGGGAUAACUGCUGAGCAGGGGUUGGACGGCUGCAGUGUGGGUCCUGGGCCCUCGCUCACAAUUGGAGGAAAGAAUUCAGGAAGUGCUCACAGCUGCUCAGACAUCUCAGAGCCAAGUUCCAAGCAGGACGGAGGCUGCAGCACCCAGGGAGGAACGCCAUGGUCCCUGGGACGGCCACCAGGCCAGGAGGCCGCAGCACCAGGGAAUCUGUGCUCAUGUCUUCCAGGACAGUGCUUCUUCUAGAAGCUGACAUGGAGCUGACCACAGCUCUUGGAGGCAUGGCCUGAGGCUUAGAAAAUAGACAGAGAUCAUCUGAGAUUUGCGCAGUGGGGCCACGUGGCAGCGCCCGAAGGCCUGGAGCAGCAGCGACCCAGGGACUCAGAGCAGCAUCUUCUUAGGAGACGGAAGGAGAGGCGCCGGAGGAGCACGGGGCACCUGCGAUCGCCAAGAGCCUCCUGUUCUGGAUGGGAGCAAAGGCUCCGAGAGGACCUAAGGUUGCUCAGUGGGCCAUGGAAACGGCAGUGAUUGGUGUGGUGGUGGUGCUGUUCGUGGUGACUGUGGCCAUCACCUGUGUCCUCUGCUGCUUCAGCUGUGACUCGAGGGUCCAGGAUCCUCAGGGGGGCCCUGGCCGCAGCUUCACGGUGGCCACGUUUCGCCAGGAAGCUUCUCUCUUCACGGGGCCUGUUCGCCAUGCCCAGCUAGUGCCAAGUGCCCAGGACUUCUGGACCUUCAUGUGAUGCCUGAGUCCCCAGGAUUUGCUGUGCUGAUGGGUCAGACUCGCCCGCCCCUCAGCAAGCCUUCUCUGGCCUUCCCCUCCUCCCAGGGCCUUCUCCCCAUCCUUCCCCUCCGGUAACCUAUGAACUUCCCGUCUCCUCCCAUUCCAGCCUUCUGUGCCCUCCAGCCUCGGGGAUCCUUGUUAUUGGGACAGCCCAGCUGAGGUUGACCCACAGGAUGGGGCUUAGGAAGGCUCUGAGGAGUGAGUGAACAGACACAGCGCCGGAAUGCACUGUGGGCCGGCUCUGCUGAUCUACACCAGGAAAUGAAAUAUCACUGGAAUGUAUUGUAGACGGUGUGCCUAUGAUGCUGGUUCUGUUGCCACCUGAGCACGCAGCACCCUCAAGUAGACAUUUUUAGAAACCGCUUCUUACUUGCUCUCCUAAUUGAUUACUUUUGCACAUUGCACAGAACCCAACCUCGAGGCCUGCUCCCUGCCAGUUGCCUGAAAUCAGCCCUAAAGUUCUGAAACCAAAGAGCUGCUUCCUGAGAACAAGUUAUUUACUUUAGAAUUGAAAAUGUAUAUCCUUUUAUGGGCCUUUCCAAAUCUGAUUUGAAAAACCACGAAAGGAAACAGAAGAGAAAAUAAGAGCCACAGAAGGUACAAUAUGUUUUAUUAACAGGAAAGCCAGAAAUAAGAUAUUUUAAACAUAUUUUUUAAUGAGACUUUAUUGCUAUAUUCCAACAGGUCACUUCUAUUCUUAGAGAAUGUGAAUGACUUGUGUCACUUCGGAGUGACAGAAAAAUCAGGAACCGAAAGAUAAUUCCAGACAAGUUAAAAUGUUAUGUUACAUUCAAAGCUCUUGUUUUCAUCACAAAUAAGGAGAUAUUCAGUUUUUAUUAACAGAAAACCCGCUCCCCCAUGGCCAUGGAAUAAAUGCCGUGCUAUAUUUAA